AUGGCACGUGAAAGCGACGCGCCGAAGCAACCUUUCACCCCCCGACGAGCGAAUGAACAACUCCACUCAUCGCUUCAGCAUCCGGAAUUCGGCAAACCCUCGCCGAUCGGCCAACCCCAGCACCGCUCCAACCAUCUGUUCAACAUCCCCAAGAAUAACCAUGCCCGACCGGAGCACCACAGACCCGCUGCUCGACCGCAGCCGCAAUAUCCCGGACAAUCCGCAGCGCCCCCAGGCUAUCGGCCAGCCGCGACGUCCGGAGCAGUCGCACCCACGCCAUCCACCAAACGCAGUGAUCCGGCUUCCCCGGGCGCAGUCCCCAUCAAACGGCCUGAGAAUGUGACCUGGUCGACUCCUCGUGCUCCAAGGCCGGUCUUUACGUCGAAUCCCAUACCACCAAAGCAAUCGAAUGCGUCGAAGAACUUGCAGAGUUUCAUCGAUCUUACGAAUGACGAGAGUGUGCCGUCCGGGAAAAGCACCACGAUUGGUUCUACUUUCGGGUCGAUGGAUGUCAAUGGUUUCGUCGAUUCAGCCAAGGCAAACGAGAAUAUCAAGGCUUUGCUAGAGGGUGCAUUCGAGGACGAAGAAGAAAAGCCCGAACUGAAACCCAAGGGCAAGAAGAAACAUAAGAAGAAGCAGACCCAAAAGAAAGAGCCUGUUCCAGCCGUCAAGGCGAAGAUGGAUGAUAGUUCCGAUCUCGAUGACCUCGCUAGUCAACUUCAAGGCGUCACAGUUAACGAUACCCAAGAGGCCAAGAGCUCCGUCGCAAAAUCCGAAGAGACAACCGAAGACCUCGUGAAGCCCGAGUCUAACGAUGAAGAAACGUCCGCCACAGACCAAAGUGAGGCCGAGGCAGAGGACGAAGAGGACGACAAUGACAACGAGGACGAUGAUUCUGAAGAUGAUGAUGAUGGGAUUGUUGAAGGCUUGAAGGCCAUGCUUUUGCCUCACCAGAUCGAGGGUGUCAGAUGGAUGUCCGACAAGGAGACCGGUCGGAAAACGACCAAGGGAAUUUUCCCCAAGGGCGGAAUUCUUGCAGAUGACAUGGGUCUUGGCAAGACUGUGCAAGCCAUUGCCCUGCUGCUCAAGCAUUCCAAAGCCAAUCACGAACACAGCGAGCAACACAACGAAUCCGAGAAUGAGACCAACGAAGAGACCAAACUACCCCCAGGCAUCAGCAAGAGCACACUUGUCGUUGCUCCUCUGGCGCUCAUCAAACAAUGGGAAUCGGAAAUCCUGGAGAAAGUCGAGAAGUCUCAUCGGCUACGAGUAUGCGUUUACCAUGGAACAACCCGUACAAAGACUGCCGAUUCUUUGGAUAACUACGACGUGGUGAUCACAACCUACGGAACUCUCACAUCGGAGUCGGCCACUGCGGCGUCAGCAAAGAGCAAAAAGUCCGGGAUUUUUGGGGUCUAUUGGUACCGCAUCAUCUUAGAUGAGGCCCAUACCAUCAAGAACCGGAACGCGAAAGCUACACAGGCGGCUUGCGCAUUGGACGCUCAAUACCGCUGGUGCCUCACCGGAACGCCUCUGCAAAACAACCUCGAUGAGCUACAGAGUUUGAUCAAAUUUCUUCGUAUCAAGCCAUACAAUGAUCUGGCUGCCUGGCGCGAUCAGAUCAGCCGACCGUUGGCCAACGGUCGAGGUGGCCUCGCUAUUCAGCGUUUGCAAGUUUAUUUGAAAGCAUUCAUGAAGCGCCGUACAAAAGAUGUUCUCAAAGUCAACGACGCUCUUAAAAAGGGUGAAUCAGUAGCUGAUGGUGAACCCAAAAAAUCAUCCAAUGGGUUCCAAAUCACAAAGCGUGAGGUCAUCAGAUUGGACGCAGAGUUCAUGCCUGGUGAAAUGAACUUUUACAAACGCCUGGAGGAGCGAACCGACAACAGUCUGGAGAAGAUCAUGGGCGGCUCCAAGGUCGACUAUGCGGGCGCUUUGGUCCUGCUGCUGCGUCUUCGUCAGUCCUGCAAUCACCCGGAUUUGGUUAAAAGUGAUUUGGCCAAAGACAGGGAUGUCCUGCUGCAAAACAGUAACCCCAGCAGCCAGUCGUCGCAACCGAAGUCAGACGACUUGGACAGUGUGGCCGAUCUCUUCGGGGCGCUUAGUGUUGUCACGAAGAAGUGCGAUGUGUGCCAAACUGAACUCGGCCAGUCUGAAGCCAAGGAUGGCGCUACUCGGUGCAAUGAUUGCGAGGCCGAUUUGAACACCAACUUCUUUGAAAAAGAUAAGAAGAAGCACAAGUCGAAGAAGGAUCGACGGGAGAAGAAGGUCGACGCCUCUGAUUCCCCCAUGGCCCGCAAGUCUGAAUCCCAGAUUGCUCGCUCACGAAAGAACCGAAGGGUCAUUCUCGACAGUGACGACGAGGACGAGGCCGAAUGGAUUGUCCCCGAGGACCAGCGCGCAAUGUCGAAUCUCGGAAAAGCUGGAGGAUCAGACGACGAAAAUGCUGAAGGCGGCGGCGAGUGGCUGAACUCUGACGAUUCAGAAACGGAUGACGACGAGCCUGGAUCGCCUUCUCGAAGAAAGUCUCAACCCAUCGUUUUGAGUGGCUCCGAAGACGAAUCUGAAACCGAAGAGGAUAUUUACCAGAACCCAGACGAGGGUGAAAAUGGAGAGCUACCCUCGACCAAGAUCCGCCAUCUGAUGAAGAUUCUCAACCACGAGUCAGCGGACUACAAGUUCAUCGUCUUCUCAGUUUUUACAUCAAUGCUCGACAAGAUCGAGCCUUUUUUGAAAAAGGCCAAUAUCGGAUUUGCACGCUAUGACGGCGGCAUGAGAAACGAUCACCGUGAGGCUAGUCUGAACAAGUUGAGAAACAACAGUGGAACCCGUGUGUUGCUCUGCAGUUUGCGUGCUGGUGCACUUGGUCUCAACCUUACCGCUGCCAGUCGCGUUGUGAUUUUGGAGCCCUUCUGGAAUCCUUUUGUGGAAGAGCAGGCCAUCGACCGGGUCCAUCGGCUGAACCAGACGAUUGAUGUGAAAAUCUACAAACUGAUCGUGAAGAACACUGUGGAAGAGCGAAUCGUUGAUCUGCAGGAUCGCAAGCGGGAGCUGGCCAACAUGACCAUCGAGGGCAAAUCGGCUGCUGGCAAGUUGACCAUGCGCGACAUGAUGGCACUCUUUGGCCGCGAUGCCGAGUCUGGAUAUACCGACAAGCAGGGCACGCUCGAUUUCAAGCAGCCCACCCGGCUUUUGAGCUCUACAGAAGACUCCCAGCCCUCUUCUCGGAAUUCUCAGACCUCUCAAUCUUCAUCGGCGUCUCAGCCCCGUGAUAGACCUCGUCAUAACCAAACUCAGCGGCCGCGAACCGAAGACUCGGUAUACGGGCGACGCUGGUAA